AAAACGUCACAAAGAAAUUUAUGAUGAAGCGAAAAAUAUAUUAAAACCAUACUCAAAAUCAAUUCAGCAAAAUCAUUUUAUUUCGAGAUUUAUAACUCAACAACCAGUUUCACAACAAGAAAAUCAAACUCAAAAUACUACACAGACAAUAGAAU